AUGACUUGUCAAGCGCGGACGUCGUACACAGAGGACGAGGUGCUGUGGGGCCACAGAUUCUUCCCGGUCAUCUCUCUGGAGGAGGGUUUCUUUAAAGUGGAUUAUUCUCAGUUCCACGCCACAUUUGAGGUUCCCACACCUCCCUACAGUGCGAAAGAGCAGGACGAGGCCUUACUCAUGUCCUCUCCACUCAUGGCCCCAUCUCUGUGCAACAGCGGAGAGAAGAACAGCUCCCUGGACUGCCUGGAACUGCUGGAGGAUCAGGAGAGCACGACCAAAUUACCAGCCAAGGUGCAGAAGAUGACAGGUAGAGACGGGCUGCCCAGGAAACUCCUGAGAAUGAGCUCCACCACAUCAGAAAUGACAUACAGCCUUGGCGAACUGCCCAUGAAGCUCCAACGCAUCAGUUCUGUGCCUGGGGUCUCGGAGGAAAAGCAGGUCUCCAAGACAACUAAGAUUGCCACAGAGGCCAUCAGUAAAUCGGUUGCGGACUUUCCACCGAAACUGCAAAGACUGGCUGGGGGAGGAGGCCGCAUGGAUGGACAUCUGCCCCCCAAACUCCGAAAGAUGAACUCUGAUUGUUUCACAUAGAAAAACUUGUGUUUUUCAGCUGCUGUCAAAAGGGCCCUCAUAUAAUUUGAGAUGUUAAGCUUGUAUAUAUAUAUAGAGAGAGAGAUAAACCAUAUAUGCAGUACCAAUGAAGUAGGUU